AUGUGCAGACCCCCAUGCCGUCAGCAGUUGGUAUCAUCCAAGCUGACUGGUGUGCAGACCCCCAUGCCGUCAGCAGUUGGUAUCUUCCAAGCUGACUGGUGUGCAGACCCCCAUGCCGUCAGCAGUUGGUAUCUUCCAGGCUGCCUGAUGUGCAGACCCCAUGCCGUCAGCAGUUGGUAUCUUCCAGGCUGCCUGAUGUGCAGACCCCCAUGCCGUCAGCAGUUGGUAUCUUCCAGGCUGCCUGAUGUGCAGACCCCCAUGCCGACAGCAGAGCAACGGAGAAAGGCUUCACAGAUGAAGAGCCCAGAGAAGAAAAAACAAAGAAAAUCCGCCGCUCAGUCAACGGGAUUCUCCCAUCUCACUGAGUUUGCGCCUCCUCCCACUCCUAUGGUGGAUCAUCUGGUGGCGUCCAACCCUUUUGAUGAUGACUUUGGACCCCCAUCUCGACCUGCAGGGGCAGGUGGUCCCGGCGGUGCACCUUUUCUUCCCAGUCCGGGUGCAGGAGGUGGCUAUGGUGGUGCUGGCAGGAUGGGUGGAGGAAUGGGCUUCAUGGGGGGCCCAGGAGGACCAGGAGGUGGCCCCCCUGGACGGAGACCACCAUUCGGCCCUCCCUCUAACGCUGGACCUCAUCACCAGCUAGGAUUUGGUGGAAUGCCAGGUUAUGGAGGUGGUGGGGGAGGAGGCGGAGGAGGGGGUGGAGGGUUUCCUCCGGGUGGCCCGUCGCAGUUUAACAUGCCUCCAAACUUUAGUCCACCAAUGCAUCCAGGAUCAGGAUUCAGUCCGAUGCUUUCGCCUGGUGGUAUGGGAGGUCCUGGUGGAGGGGGGCCUCCACAUCCAAGGUUUGGCAUGCCUCCUCAACAGCAGCAUGGUCAAGGGGGGCACCCUUUCAAUAGUCCCCCGUUACCUGUUGGAGGUGGACCAAGGGGGCCGUCUCAUGGUCCCAUGAAUUCAUUGGGGGGCAUGGGUCCAGGACCCAUGAACAUGAUGGGUGGCAUGGGAGGAGGACCUGGGGGAAACAUGGUUGGAGGGCUGCCAGGUCUGCCUCCCCAAGGACAGUUUCCACCUUCACAGGACGGACCCUAUCCUGGGCCCAGUCCACCAGGACCUGGCAAUGAGGAAGGAAAGAACUUUGGGCCUGGGCCACAGCCGGGACCUCCACAACAACAAAUGAACUUAAAUCCCAAUGGACCACCCCCAAAUAACACCACCCCGGGACCUCUUUCCAAUUCUGGGCCACCUCAACCCAGUGGAGGUUUUCCUGGACAUGACAUUCAACAGGGCAACCCCCACACCCCCGGUCAGCCUCCCUCUGUACCACCACAGUCAAACCCCAACUCUUCUCCUACAGGACCCUUAAACGGGUCGGGACAGCCCCCACAUUCAGCCCCUGGGCAGCUGCAUGGUGCCAGCAACACAAACACCCCAAACUCUAAUAACUCUAACCAGCAGCCACAGUCCACACCGCCCCACUCCACUCCAGGAGGCACCCCCUACAGCCAGCAGAACAACACCCCCAACAGCGGGGGCCCAAUGUCUAAUGCGGCUCCAAACUCUGGUCAGAACAACAUGACUAACAACAACGGGGCCAACACUCCUGGUAGCAACCCGAAUCCUCCUUCAAACUCCACCUCUACCCCAAACACACAGUCCCCUCUCCCCGCCGGCCCGGCCCCAGCACCUCCUGGUCUUGGGUCUGGCCCCGGGAAGCCUGGCGGGGCUGGUAUGGUGUUUCCUUGUGGCCUGUGUCAGGCAGAGGUGCACGAUGACCAGGAUGCCAUCUUGUGUGAGGCGUCCUGCCAGCGUUGGUUCCACCGUGACUGCACCGGGCUAACGGAGCCGGCCUACGGGCUGCUAACACGAGAGAGCGCUGCUGUUUGGGCCUGUGACUUCUGCAUCAAGACCAAGGACAUCCAGGCUGUGUUUGUGCGCCAGGCCUUAGGCAACAGGUAUCCUCAGCACGGAGCAGGAUGUGUGGACUUCUCCCACUUCUCCCGGGGACCAUCUGCACAUCUCCGGAGCGCGCUGUGGGGCCCCUGGUUUGACAGGACCCCCCCUAGACACCGCCCAUUCAACCCGGGAAUCUGCCCGCGUCUCCCGCAGGUGCAGCGGAGUGCCUUUGUUCACCCCCACAGCAGCACCAUGAGCAGCACCAUGAGCAGCAGCGUUUCCGGCGACAAGAAGCCGCUUGUGGACUACGGCGUCCAGAUCCGGUUCAUCAAAGACCUGCACGACGCAGGUGGAGGUCUCCCGGACAAAACCAAAGCCCAGCCCACCUCCGCCCCCGCCAACAAGUACGGAGUGGCGGUCCGGGUUCAGGGCAUCUCCGGGCAGCCGUACGUGGUCCUCAAAGAUGGAGAGAAAGGAGAUUCGUAUGGAGUACAGCUCAACACUCCCACCACUCCUGGCUCCGGCCCACCUUCGCCGUACAACACUCUCUCAAACAGCAAAGAAUCUCCGGAUUUUGUGAACCCGUACAGUCCAAGUGUCACCACCACACCCUCCCCUGUGUCUCCCGCGGAGGAGGAGAUGGGGGAGAUUUUCGGGAGCCCUCUAAGAAGACCUCCUGGAGAUGGUCAAGCCGGGACACAGGGUGAGGACGAGGUGGCAGCCAGUAAGAAGCCAGAGGAACACUCUAAAGCUGCGAUUAAAGCCAAAGAGCCAGACAAACCCCAAACGAAUGGGGAAAAGUACAAUGAAGCUGGACUAAAACCAGUUAGACCAAACGGACUUGGACCGAAAGCACCGAAAGGGGUUGCAAGAUCUAGUUUCUCGCUUGGUAAACUCAACUCCUCGCUGGACACGUUUCCAGAACUUCCCAAACUAGACGAGGAAGCCCCAGUCCCAGCCAUCGACACAAACUCAUUAGCCCCUAUAAACAAGCUCAUCAGUAAAUUCAACUCAACAUCGGGGAGUGUCCAGCAAACCAGGGGGCGCAGUGGAGCGAGGCAGCGGCUGAAAUUCGAAGAAAGGCGACGGUCGCGAAGCCUGGAUGCAAGAAAGGAACUCAAACAUGACAUUCCAUCACCGACAUCUCCCACGAUGAACCCCUACGGCCCACCCCUCUCCACGUGCGCAAACUCUCUCUCAAGCAAUAAUAGUCUUAGGACGUCUCCGGCUGUUGCUACGGUCAACGCACUGGAGGCCCCAAAACCAGGCUAUAAGCUGCAGGGGAAGUCAGUUGCCAAGGACACGCCGCCAGCCAUAUCAAAAAAGCCAGAGAUUCUGGCUAGGAGCGGGAGCACAGACGGGGACGAGGCUCAGAUCAAGCUGGCGAUUCUCAACGUACUCAAAGAGGGAUCCAGCGAAAGUGAAAUGGUGCUGAGAAGAAAAGCCGCUACUGUUUAUGAGACGACCAAAAGUAUUAAGGUAGGAUAG